GAAACCAAAACGACAACGUUUUAAAUAUCUCCAAACAAAAGAUUCUUCUUCCUCAAAAAUCUACACAAGAAAAAAAAAAAUACUCAAACUUUGGACUCACUGCAAUUCUCUCUCUACUCGGCGAUUCAUCUUAAGGUCGGACUCAGUGAGUCAUGGGUGGCGAGUUAAAGUACGAGAUAGCUCAAAACGCUUACAUAAAGCUAGUGCUUCAUGCCCUAAAGCACAAAGCUUCCUCCGUCAACGCCGUCUUACUCGGCCGCGUUGCUCCCGGAAACGACGACGUUAUCGAGAUCACUGAUUCAGUCCCACUUUUCCACUCCCAUAUCGGUCUUCUACCUCAGCUUGAGAUCUCUCUGAUUCUGAUUGAAGAGUAUUAUGCUGCGAAGGGAUUUGGUGUUGUUGGGUAUUUUCAUGCCAAUGAGAGAUUUGAUGAUUUUGAGCUAAGUGGUGUGGCUAAGAAUAUUGGUGAUCAUAUCUCUCGUUAUUUUCCUCAAGCACCAAUUUUAUUGUUAGAUAAUAAAAAGCUUGCAUCUUUGGAAAAGAGUAAAGAUCGAAGCCCUGUGAUGCAGCUUUACGCAAAAGAUGCAUCGAAGAAUUGGAAGCAUGUUGGAUCAGGCGGAGGCUACCUUUUGACAACAAAAGAGCCAUCGGCAAAUGUGGUCCUAUUGGAUUAUAUCUCAACUGAAAAAUGGCAAGACGUGGUAGAUUUCGAUGACCACCUUGAUGACAUAACCAAAGAUUGGCUAAACCCAGAACUCUUCAAUUGAUUUGGCCAUGUUGUCAGCAAUUUUCGUUGCUUCGCCAACCGUUUAAAGUAUCUGGGAUUCAUGUUUUAAGGCUCUACAAAGCUUGACUUGAUUGAUCCUAUUAUGGGAAAUGAUUGCUUUGAGAUACCAUCUCUUCAGAGAUCUCCCAACUUGACCUUUUUUCUCUUCUGUUAUGAUUCAUUAAAGCAUUUCAAGUAAUUUAAUAGCUGUAGAACUGGAAUGAAUUCAAGUUCAAUGAUUUUUGUGUUUUGUUUGCUAAAUUCCUAGGUAAAAAUUUCUGUAAGAGUGGUUAGUAAAUGAACAAUAAUUUUAUCAUGUUCAACAAGAGUUUGAAGAUGUGCUAGCAUUUGGAUUUAGGAGUAUGAAAGCAAAGUAAUUGGUCCAAUUCUUGUAAGAUUCUUUGUUUUAUUUUCUUGAGGAGAUUGUAGUAUUUGCCUUUUCUUCUUAUAACCCAAAUGCUUUUUUUAAGAGCAA